GACCAUCCUUGUCAUUCUUUUCUUUCCUUUCUCUCCUUCGUUCCUCCCUUUGCACCUUCGUCUCAACUUCACUUCCUUCCCCAUUCAAUAAUUUGGCCAAUCAUAAAUCUCCAUUGUCUUAGCUUACUUGGUUGCCGAGUUUUGUUUUCCUAGUAACUUGGGGGAAAAAACAAAACAACCUCUCUCUUGGUCAAUUCAGAAAGAACCUCCAAAACUCCCUCAGAAACGCUCAACCUUUUUCUUUCCUACAGAUUCAAAGUUUGCAUCCAACCUGCGCAUUUUUGAAGUAUCUGAUCAUAUCAUCAUCCUCAAGAUGGCGGAACGAGAACGAUCAGCUGCCGAAAUGAAGGCGAUCAAGCAAGCUAUGAUGGAAGAGCUUGGUAUUGCUCGCAGAGAUGCCUUGCCACUCGAAGACCGAGCUGCUAAUGUUCCAAUGAUACCAUUGUCGUCCAUCAACAGACCAGUUAGACCAGAACACCCGACAUCCGCUUGGCAUAACCUCAACCUCGACGACGUUGAUCCUGGCCUUGAAGACCUCGACGACAUUGCCGGUGGACAAUUAUAUCGACUUCGCAGAGGCGGUACUGGACUAAGCAACGGUGGCAGAGGUGGCCACUCUGCAGGUCGCAUUCGAGGUGGAGCUUCAAACAGAGGUGGUCAUGCAUCUGUGGAUGGCCGCGGAAACCAUUCAGCAAGAGGUAAAAAUACUGAUAACUCUGGUUCCGGUCAAACUUAUUACAACGACGCAAGACGUGGUGGCAAAUCACAUGCUAAAGUUGAUGCUGGCAUCGCUCGUUUACAACGCGAGGCUGAGUUCAGCAGAAAGAAUCGAACUGAAGGCCGCUCUUUUAAGACGCCUCAAUCGACAUCCAAAUCUACAAAGCCAGUUCAUCGAGCUGCAUCUCCUGCAGUCGCUCGUGCUGCUCCUCUACCAAAUCGACUUGUAAAUUCGAGAUUCAAGCUCACCAGCCCUGCUACCUUUCUCUCGCACAAUAACAUCGGGUCUAGCCCAGUUGCGAGAGCUCCCGAACUCCUUGUUUCUGCACCACAAAAUAAAGUCGAUGACGAUCUUUUGCUACCACCACCAGCUUCUAAAUUGGCACCCCAAGGUGGCCUUGCCUCUUCGCGGUGGGCAUCGUCUUCAGCUCCGCUUGUUGACACAUCUAGAUCAGAUGACCUCAAUCGAUCUGCUACACCUGCUAAUACUGCAAGCGCCUCGGCGUUGAUCCCCUCUGUUCAGCAAGUCGUACCUGCCAUUACCACUAGCGCUUCAAUAUCGGCUUGUUCUGCUCAACAAAUCAUGCCCAUGUUUGGUGCAGUCACUUCAGAGCCUGGCCAUUAUGUUCGAUCGCUAUCACCAGCAAUAUCAACAAAUGCUUCCGAGCUGACCCGCUCUGUCCAACCUGCUACUGCUGCCGCCCGCCUGACUCUAGUAACAGAUGACGUAACAAUCCAACGCACACCAAUCAUCGUUCGCACUGUGGUCGAUGAGAGAAUCGUCAAAGUUUCCAAGAAUAACAGCACUUACGAAUUCGGAAUUGCAAAACUCAUCAAACUCGAUGAGAAAUCUCCUUUGAUGCUCGAAAUUCAAAUUGAUAACGACGUUAUCCUGAGCGAGGUAUUAUCAGAGGCUACGAUAUUUAGACUUGAUAAGAGCCUUGUCACAUAUCGGGCUAAUCCUACGACAGAAAAUAUACCCACCUGGAACUUACAGUUUCAGCUGCCUGGCCCAGCAAAGGGAUUCAUUAAUUAUCAUAAUUUCAGACUCUCAGAGUUGAGACGUAGCAGUGGUUCUUCUCACUCCUCAGAACAAGAAAAACAGGGCCCACUCGUACUUCUGUCCCCCGUUUCAUCAUCAGAAGAACUCGAUUCAUUCCAUACUAAACCAGGAAACAAAUCAAGUUAUCUUACGAACAGAAUCAGCAGUUCUACAUUUGCUGAUCUUACUUUGCUUGAUGGCGAAGAGAUUCUUGUCCCACUCCAUGAAGAGGAAUGCAAAAUUGAGGAUAAUCAAGUUGAAGAGUAUUCCCACUUUCAGGAUCUUUUGAGCUUAAUGGAAGGGGAUAUUGUUGAAGGUACACUCCAAGUUUUGAAUGCAAAUCACGGCGGUUCUUUUUAUGAUCACGUUUUUCACUUGGCCAAGAAUGUAGGACUUGAAAACGAUGCGUAUUUCAUGGAACAUGCCAAAAAUGUUUUCAUUGGCGGACUGUCAUCCUCUCGUUAUUCAAGCUCAAAAUCCAUCUUGUCAAUCACCGAAGGACUUGUUUCAGACUUUUUGACAAGAUCUCAAACAUUGUUACGCUUUCCCCAGGAGUUUAUUGACGCCUACAUUAAGGAAAUAGCCAAGAAAAUCCUCGACAUGGCUCAAAAUUUUCAUAACGGUACUCAAUUGGCGACUGCCAUCCCCGCUGAGAAAUCUAGUUCUGUCGAGGCUGUCGAAUUGACUGAAGUCUCUGAAAUCGUUGGUGCUGUCAAGUCUGUGGAGCCUCUUCAAAUUGUUGAAGCUACCAAGCCCACAGAGGUUAUCAGCCCUAUCCAAGCUGCCAGUCCUGCUGCAGUCACCGAGAAUGUUAUUUUCAGACCUAAGCAAGUGGCUUAUUCAAUCCAGGAAAUGAUGAAGAUGCGACCAAAUGCCACCUUGACCAGUGAAGUACUUGCUGCAAAAAAUUCUCUCGAAAAGUACCUCCCUGGACAUAGGCUACAAUACAAGAACUCACUCAGAGCAACUGCUACAAAACUCCAACCUUCCGAAUGGAAGACUAAUUUCGGUAGCAAAGUUACCUCUGAAGAAUUUUUACAAACUCUUCGACAAGAUGAGCAUGCACCAGGAAAGACCAGCUUUGUAGCCUCAUCAGGCGCCGUCAAUCCUCCAGAGUUUUCUGGUGUAAAGCUUGAAACACCAAUCAACGUCGGCAGGAGCCUCUCCUCCGCAGGCGAUAAUAUUGAAAACAUCGAAAAUGAUUUGACUCUGCCUAUUUCUGAUGAAAAGAAUGUCAAAAAGCCAUCAGUUGAUGCUCAUCACCAAGAUAACUCUGAUAAGUCUAUUGGAACAUACUCCAUUGCUUCUCAAUCUGCUACUCACAAUUCAUCUAAGAGUUUGUCAGCGGCCGAGGGGAACAUAGUAGAAGACAAGAUGGACUUUGGAAGCGGCAAUAGUCCUCCCAUCCUUCCAUCAAACAGAGGUCUGAGCACUUCUAGGUACGCUGGGCCAGAUGUUAUUAACCAAGAAGCCGUUCUUCGUGCUUCAUCUGGUUACAACCCCGCCGCACGUCAAGUUGUUAAGAAGCAAGAACGUCUACCCCCCAAGCCACGAGAAACUUCGAUCAACGUUGAAAGCUCCGACUUCUCCAAGAAUGAACCUAUAGGUCUUGCUUACGCCUCCGAAACCGAGAAGUCUAAGUCUCAAGUGACUAACCCAAAUACUCUCGGCAAGAUCAUGGAUAAUGAGAUGAAUGUAUCCAAGGCAGUGGAACAGCGUACUCUCAGAAGUAAGCAUACUGUGACAAACUCAGACGUCGACAGGCUUGCCCAAGUUUUUAGUGAUUUGGACGUCAAGCCAGAAAAGGAUAAUGGCACAGUGGUCGACGUUUCACCAGUUCCAGAGCGCAGUACUAGCCCUACAGUUGAAGAGCUUCUCCAAAAGAAGCGCGCAAGUGGAUUAUCAACAUCUAGAUGGGCAAGCCAGGGUACUACGUUGAAACGCUCAUCUCGUACUGAACAAUCAACUCCGACGAUGAGCUAUGGUCAAUCAACGUCGAACAUGCCGCAAGACAACAGAUUGUUCUAUUCUCAGAGCGCAGUAGCUGUCACACCGUCUCGCCCGUUCCCUUCCAGAUCCAACAUGUUGAAUGGAAGACCUGCCGAUACAGAUGGCGAUGAUGUGAUGAAGGCUACUGCGCCAGUUUUCACACCUUCCCCCCAGAAGAAUGAGAGUACUGUCAAUAGAUCAGUCUUGUACCCUGUUCGCAAUCAUCAGAAUCCGCAACAAGAAGCCGUUCAGGCCAGACUCAACAAGAGCCUGGUAUCAAAGCGAAUGUAGGAUAAAUGUGGUAAUGUAGCAACGUAUUGAUUGUAAAGGCAUUUUAAGGAGAAUUUUGGAGAAUGAAUAAGGGGUUUUCCCUGAAAUAGCGAAGAUUACCAAAGAAACUGUUAUAGCAUUCUCAAAAAUAUAUCGAAUGCCAGAUAUACCAGCGGAACA